UGGUAUCACGCCACCCAACUUGGAAACUCAUUUUUUGGCUUCUGAUGAUAGUGUCUUAGAUAACACCAUUGAUAACCAAAACCAUUCCGAAACAAUGGAAGAAGCACAAGUUGCCGACAUUGAUUUGGAGACCAAUACAAACCACCCAGAUCAAGAUCACGCAGUCCGACCUCUUCGACCACAAGGUGAGAGGCGUGUCCCCCAAAGGCUUGAUGAUUAUGUUUGCACCAUGCCCCAGUCUGUUAUGCCUAUGCAAGCUACAUCUCAAUCAACUAACUUAGAGGUUGCUGCACUUGAGAAGAAUGGCACUUGGACAAUUGAGACAUUGCCUCCUGACAAACGUGCAAUUGAUUCCAAAUGGGUCUAUAAGAUCAAAUUCAAGCCAGAUGGAACUGUUGAAUGGUACAAGGCUCGCUUAGUAUCAAAGGGAUUCACUCAAAUUGAAGGGCUUGAUUUUCAUGAGACCUUUGCUCCUGUUGCUAAAAUGGUCACUGUGAGGACAUUACUGGCUCUUGCUUCGAUUAAGCGCUGGGAACUGCAUCAAUUAGAUGUCAAUAAUGCCUUCUUGCAAGGUGACUUACAUGAAGAGGUAGCUAGAACAACAAAAGGGAUACUUCUGAGCCAGCGAAAGUAUGCUCUCGACAUACUCACAGAAUCAGGCAUGCUUGGGGCAAAGCCUAGUUCCUUUCCCAUGGAGCAGCAUCAUCAUCUCAAGCUUGCAUCUGGUUCACCUAUACCAGAUCCUUCACAAUAUAAGAGGCUAGAACACUUUGAAGCAGCAAUGAAAGUGUUACAUUAUGUUAAGCACUCAUUGAGACAAGGGAUAUUGCUCUCCUCUUCCAAUCAUCCACAUCUUGUUGCUUAUUGUGAUGCAGACUGGGCUGGUGGCCCACGGACACGGCGCUCAACAACCGGUUAUGAUAUUUGUCUCAGACACUCCCCUAUUUCUUGGCAGUCGAAAAAGCAAUCAAUUGUCUCUCACUCCUCCACUGAAGCUGAGUAUAGGGCCAUGGCAUCAAUUGUUAGUGAGCUCACUUGGUUAAAGUCCUUGCUUUAUGAUCUUGGGAUAUAUCACUCGAAGCCAAUGACAUUGUUUUGUGAUAACCAAGCUGCCUUACACAUUACCAAUAAUCCUGUGUUUCAUGCGCGCACAAAACAUAUUGAGAUAGAUUACCAUUUUGUUUGUGAACGCAUUCAAAGGAAGGAGUUGCUCACAGCUCAUGUGCCUUCUCAUUGUCAACUAGCAGAUUUGUUUACAAAGGCAUUAGGCAAGGAAUGACUUCAUUUCCUAUUAUGCAAGUUGGGCAUUAAAGACCUUCAUGCUCCAACUUGAGGGGGAGUAUAGUCGGAUAUCAAGGAGAUGAAUAAGGAAAUCAAUCAAUCAACAUUAAUCUAUAAUAUUUUGCUGUUCAUACUAGUAAAUGCAUCCAUACCAGUAAAUGCAUUUCUUGUAU